GCUCUUGCCACCAUACCGUGGGUCGCGAAACUCAAGCCGAUAAGCCCUCGUAUCUCCCUCAGUUCGUUUUUGCUCCUCCACCCAAAUUCAUAGAAUAGAUUAGAAGCAUGCCUCGACUCUUCUACGGCGCCCUGGUCACCCCGACUUCACGUAAAGAGUACCUCGCUCUUCCGCAUUCACUUCUCUGUGUAUCAGACGCUGGACAGAUUGCGUGGGUCGCUAACAAUGUCCUACCGAGCGACCUGCAGAACGAGCUCGCGAGACAUGGGCUGUCGGACGACCCGAAUCUGGAUCUUGUAGAGCUCAAGACGGGCGAGUUCUUGAUGCCGGGGUUUAUUGACACACACACCCAUGCGCCACAAAUGCCUAAUGUCGGCAGCGGCCAGCAGUAUGAACUCCUCGAUUGGUUACAGGAGGUCACCUUCCCUAUGGAGGCCCGAUUCUCCGACCCAGGUUUUGCGCGUACAACAUACGAGACUGUCGUCAGACGCAGCAUUGACUGCGGCACAACGACCUGUUGCUAUUACGGCACAGUGCACCUUGAAGCAACGAAGCUCCUUGCGGACAUAGUGCACAGUCGUGGCCAGCGAGCAUUCGUCGGGAAAUGCAACAUGAACCGUGAAAGCCCGACAUACUACAUCGAGCCUUCUACGGAGGAGUCAAUAUCAGCAACCCGCUCCCUGAUCGAACACAUCCGCUCCUUACCUGCAUCAUGCCCUCCCGACUCUCCACCGCUCGUCCAACCCGUCCUGACGCCACGCUUCGCCAUCUCGUGUACGUCUGACCUCCUAAGCUCACUGGGCGAUCUUGCACGGUCAGACCCGACCCUCACGAUCCAGACACAUAUAUCGGAGAACGCGUCCGAGAUUGCAUAUACAAAGGUGUUAUUCCCGCCGGAGAGCUUGCCUCCCCUACCACCUUCGGCGGGCGAGGCGUCCAGGAAGGCCAGGGACACAUACGCAGGCGUCUAUGAUGCAUAUGGACUCUUGAGGCACAACACCAUUCUAGCGCAUGGCGUGCAUUUGGAGGACGUGGAGAUAGAGGUCAUCAAGGCGCAAGGCGCGGGUGUCAGUCAUUGCCCGACGAGUAAUUUCAACCUGAGUAGCGGAUGCGCGAAGGUAGGGGCGCUCUUAGACAAAGGCAUCAAGGUCGGACUAGGCACGGACGUCUCCGGUGGGUUUUCGCCCUCCAUACUCCGCACGGUGCAAGACGCCAGCAUAUGUUCCAAAGUCGUCGCCAUGUCCGCUCCAUCCAAGCCCGACGACUCGGACGGUUUCACCAACCGCCAGCUACCCGUCGCCACCCUCCUGCACCUCGCCACGCUCGGCGGCGCCGAGGUCUGCGGGCUCGGCUCGCGCGUCGGGCAGCUGGCCCCCGGCCGUGCAUUCGAUGCGCUAGUGGUGAGCAUCCGCACCGACGUGGGCAACCCCGCGGUGUGGAGCGCGGACCUCGAUGCAAGACUGGAUGUUGCCGCGAGCGGCGGAGAGCUCGGGUACGAGGGUGGGCGCGGUCAGACGGAGACGGAGGAACUCGAGGGUAUGCUGGAGCGGUUCCUGUUUUGCGGGGAUGAUCGGAAUGUCCGGAGGGUGUAUGUGCAGGGACGGUUGGUCGGCGGAAAGGAGUACACGAUGUAGAUCUACUGCGGGCGUUAGAUAUAGUAGAUGGUUCAACGUUUCGGAGCACAGUUCGACGUAGACGUAGAAGAUGUCUGUUAUCUCGGUGUUGCGAUCAAUCUACCUUCCACAAAAAUGCCCACAGUAACUGCCACAACCUUGGCCAAUGCCAGAAUGCUGCAUAAAGCUUGAGCAUCACAGUCGUACGCGUG